CUCACAUGCAGACGCAUCAGGCACGGAGACCGGUGGUUCAAUGGCAUUCUGUUCCCAGGCCAAUCUCUCUAACAUUUCUUCUUGCUUGUGUCAGACUACCACUACCCAUUUAGGUCUGCCUGUGCUCUAUGCCACGGUGUUCCUCAGUGGCCUCCCUGGGAAUGCCCUCUCCCUAUGGAUUUUCGUGGCCAAAAUCCCAGCCAAAACAGCCACUCACAUUUACCUCAUUAACCUAGGAAUCUCCAACCUAAUGCUCUGCCUCACCAUGCCGUUUCUUGGAGCCUACUACGCCAUGGGCGCCAGCUGGCCCGCACCCAGUAGCAUGUGUCAAUUGGCCAUAAAUGGCCUGACCCCGGUUCUCCACACCAACAUCGGAGUGGGCAUGAUGAGUCUCACAUGGCUGGCCCUGAGCCGCUUCGCCACGCUCAUCCAGCUCAAACACGGGCGCCGGCCAAGUAGAUGCAUCAAGGUCUUGCCCGACGUCAUCUUGAGCAGGCUGCGCCAAACCCCCUUUGCCCUUGGGGUGUGCCUGGGGACCUGGGCCAUCGUGGCAAUGGCGAUCAUUCCCUCGGUGGCGAUUUACUCCAUGAAGGAGAUGAACAGGGUGGAGGACGGCAGCGAGGAGGUGUGUUACAGCGUGGCCGUGGAGGUUGGAGGCUCAGGCUCGCAGGCCUUCGCCUUGGCCGGGAUCGUCAUGUUUUUCCUCUGUCUACUCCUGGUGUUGAGUGCCUACACGGCAGUGAUCAGGCACUUUUACAGGUCCAGGAACAGCACAUCCAUCUCUGACAGGCAGAAGGUCUAUUCAAGAGUGUUUCGCAACAUUGUGGUUAUCCAGGUUGUGCUGCUGGUUUGUCUCCUGCCACACCAUGUAUACAAGGCAAUUUUUAUCAAGAUGGCAUGGACUCCGUCUCCGUUUGCGGAGGAUGUGUUAAUGUGCCACCCCAUGUCCAUGCCUGUGGAGGUUAAGAACGUCUUCCUCUGCCUGGCAACGUUACGCUGCAGCACGGAUCCCAUCAUGUACUUCCUGCUGGACAAGACGUUCAAAAAGCACACUCUUAGGUUGUUUAGGGUGGCCCCCAGCACGCAAAGUAGCCAGGCGUCAAGGACCGUGGGCGAAUGUGGAUAG